AUGGAAGAGAGUAGUACCGAUUCUGCAAAGGGCGAUGAGCGAGAAGAGUUGACUAACGAGGGAGAUGACAAUCCGGAGGCCGCCGAUUCGCUUCACCGUAGAGAGCUCUCCUUCUCUCGGUGGUGCAACGAGGACGGGAUCGAAGCUCCUGGUCCUUCGCCGGAGGACUCUGGAUUGAAGGCCGGGGGUGAUGCAGAAGAAUGCGACGACUUCGAGCUGCCCCUUCUGCGGCAAGAUGGAUCCGCCGGAGAGAACCCUGGACCAGGGAGCCAAGUGAGUAACAAGUUCAGACAGACGACUUUGCAUCUCAAUGGGGCAUUUACUUUUGGUCAAGAAGGAGGCGGGAACAGGACGAAGUACCUUCCCCUGGAUGUAGAGCAAGCUAACGGGUCGAGACACAAUGAGUUCACAGACGGCGAGAAUCAUCAGACUGCUCUAUCCGCACCUGUCGUGCUGAAGACAUUAUUCUAUAUACUUCUGUGGUACACAUUCAGCACAUGUUUGACGCUGUAAGUGCCCGGAUCUCGCUUAAGUUUCAGGCAACAGUUAAUUUCUUCUGCGUUUUCUAAGAUCGGAAGCAUCUUCCCCGUCUCUUCAUUAGGUACAACAAGUCAUUGUUAGGAAAUAAGCUUGGCAAAUUUCCUGCUCCGUUGUUGAUGAAUACGAUUCACUUUACGAUGCAAGCUGUAUUAUCCAAGAUGAUCAUAUGGUGUCGAUCUCAGAAGAUGGAAAUCAACACAAAAAUGACAUGGCGGGAUUAUUUCUUCAAAGGUUAGAUUCUUUAAUUUAAUGUGCUCUGUUUUCAGAUUUUGAAGGUGAUUUCUUUUCAAAACUGAUGGUGGAUCGCUCAUAUGAUGAGGAUGUUUUUAGGGAACAAAGGUAAAAAUUGAAGGGAAUUUUAUGUAAAUUGUAGUAUGGCUUCAACUUCGUUGACAAAAGGAAUACAGUCUGGGAGUGAGGAGCCUCAGUAAGGUCCAUAAGGUCUUGCUAGGAGGUGGCUAUCUCAAUAAUGAUCAUGGAAGCUUGUGGGCAAUAAAGUCAGGCAGAAGUGGUAACUGAUAUUAAAUCACUGGUCUGACUUCGCCCAUUGUAAAGAGUAACUUUGAAAGUGGGAAAAUAUUCAAACACGUUCAAGAUUUUAUGGAGUAUGGCACCUACACUAGAUUUUGAGAAGAUAAUUGGUGUAAGAGGUGCACGAAGAUUCAUACGCUGUUGAAGAACAAAGAAUUCAUCAUCUGUGUCCACAUGGAUUUCAAUACUCAUACAUUUGUUGGUGGAUAUUUCCUUAGUUACACGACAGAGAGAGGGGAGAGAGAGUGAGAGCAAGAGCGAGAGAGAGAGCGAGAGAGAGAGAGAGAGAGAGAGAGAGAGAGAGAGAGAGAUGCUUAAGGAACCUUGAGCUUAACAGCCCUUCAUGCAAUUUGGCAGUGGGAAACCAAGAAUGGAUGACAUUCCCCAUACGAAAAGACAUUCUCUGAGAUACAAGUUUAUAAUCAGAUGGUAAGCAUGUAGCUAAUGAAGGAUGAAAUAACUUUUUUGCUUAAAGUCGCCGAUUUGGUUGUUGGUGCUCAUCCACAUUAAGAAUGCUGACAGAACUGAAAUAAGUGGGUGAAAGCCAAGUUUUGCCAGAGAAUAUACAUUCUUCACACUGCAGUGAACACUACUCUUAAUGAUACAAACGUUCUGAUAUCAUUUAACUAUUUGGGGAAUUAUUUCUGCUUCAUUUAUAGACAAAUAUGGAUAAAAAAUGUGUAUGAUCUCAAAAAGAUUAAAUUGAUAAAUCGUACGUAAGAACCAUAGCAUUUCUUGGUUCUCAGGUAAAUUAAUAUUAUUUCUGUGUCAGCCAAUAAUCUGGGACCAUUAACAUAGUCGAAUUUGAACUGCCUGACGUCCAAGCACGACCUGAUGACUUUCUUUCUACAUGAAUAUUGGCUCAGUGAUACAACAUUGAACGCAGGGUUUCUGACGAUUUUACGAUUUGUAUGUUUGGUGGAUGACAACUUUAUUGUCUCAUGAACUUCAUGUUAGAUGUUUCUACCAAAUGCUAAUGGAUGGCUAAUUUUUUUCAAAUUUUGGAGGCCGAUCUCUUGGUAUUAUUAGGGAUCUAUAGAUUUAUAUUGGUCUUUUCUUCUUGAUUUGCCUGCAUAGAAAUGUUGACAUCGAAAAUACCAGUGCAAGCUGAGAGUCUUGACUUAUUAAUCUAUGAUUGGGUUUGAACCUGAAAGACUUGAGUCCUGAAGUUUUACUUAAUUUUGUAUUUUCUCUUGUUCCCUUUUUAUUUCUAAAAUGUCAUAUCUGCUCAUGCUCUUGAUGUACUUUACUUUUCCACAGUUGUGCCCACUGCAUUGGGAACAGCAUUGGAUAUCAAUCUUAGCAAUGCUUCACUCGUCUUCAUUUCUGUCACAUUUGCUACUAUGGUUUGUCUCUUUAAACUGCAUUUUAUCUUUUUCUUUUAUUUUCAAAUAUUUUCUUUUAGCUCUAAAUAAGCGUCUUUUCUCACUUUUAUUUAUGCAGUGUAAAUCUGCCUCUCCAAUAUUUUUGCUUAUGUUUGCUUUUGCAUUCAGGUGAGUUUUCUCUGUCGUUUUAUGCACAUGCUGCUUAAAUUUUUUCUUUUAUAAUGUGUCUAUCUCGUCAGGUUAGAGAGUCCCAGUAUUAAACUUUUGGGUAUCAUUUUCAUCAUUUCGGUUGGAGUACUUCUGGCAGGUAUAUGGCUUUUCAUUUCUUAAUUUUUUGCGGCCAUGUUCGCUCUUGUGCAUUAUUUUUUUGUCAUACCAAAUUUGUUCUUGAUGAAUGAUUAUCUGAUGUUGACCUCUUACCAGUUGCCAGGGAGACCGAAUUUGAAUUCUGGGGAUUCAUUUUUAUUAUGUUUUCUUCCGUUAUGUCGGGUUUUCGCUGGUCAAUGACUCAGAUACUUUUGCAGGUACGCAUGUAUUUAUUGGUUAAAUUUGACGUCAUUUGUCAUUAUAACAAAAAAUGAAGUAUCAUCCCUUCACUGCAUCUUUUUAUUUUACUUUUUUGACUGUUUGAUGAUGGAAACUGAUAGAUUGUUGUUGUUUCGUUCUGGUUGGUCCCCAAAAUUUGAUGAAGAAAGAAGCCUAUGGUAAGCAUUUUUUUUUUAUGUAAAGUGGUAUCUGCCAACUAUUUUCUAGAAUAGCACUUUGUUUUGAUAUGUCUACCUGUACCUUUUGAGACCGGCACCUGUACUUCUAACUUGUUGAUGAUCUGUGCUUGUCCAAGUCAUUGACGUAUUUUCUUAACUUGGUUCUUGGUUCUAAAAGUGAUUCUAAGUUACAACUGUAGGCAUUGGUUUCUUGAAGAGUACCAAACAUUUCUUUGGGUCUAAAAACAAAUCUUGCUCUCAUAUGAUGCUGAUUUUUUUUGGGGUCUUGUUUAGGUUUAAAAAAUCCGCUCACUUUGAUGAGUUAUGUCACCCCAGUGAUGGCUGUGGCAACUGGGAUACUCUCUCUUAUAAUGGAUCCCUGGGAUGAGUUCCGAAGUAAUGGUUACUUUGAUAGCUCACAACACAUAAUUCGAAGUUGCUUGUUAAUGCUUCUUGGGGGAGCACUAGCAUUCUCUAUGGUAAGUGUUAUGAUUUUAGUAGGCGCAAGGAUUCUGAUGUUAAGUCAAUUUUUUUUUCUUAUUGCUUCAUGUUUUGCAGGUGUUGACCGAGUACAUUCUUGUUUCAGCAACUAGUGCUGUAACAGUAACCAUUGCAGGUGUUGUGAAGGAGGCUGUGACCAUAGUGGUAUGUUUUGGAAUUUCCUUAUUGGUGAAUCGAGAACCAUCGAUAGAUGUAUAAUUUUUUUUUUUCUUCAUGACUCUGGUAGUUUUUGUGGUGCUUUGAAAAUUUGAACCAUUAUCAUGCGCAGAAUGGUGCUAACACCCUCAACCUAGGGAAUGCUUAUUUUUCUUCAUUCAGUAGGGAUAAGGUUAUUUGUCUCCUGUAAAAUAUAAGGGUUCAGUCAUUUAUCUUCAGAGGGAAAAGUGAUGCAUGACUGAUGGUAGGGCUUUUAUCCCGAGUAAUUGCGUUAAAGAUGAUUUUCAGUAGGCAACCUGAGGCCUCGAUUUUUAUUAAGGAGCAUUGAAGUGCAAAUUCACACCUAAUAAAUUUGCAAUUAAGGAGCAUUGAACUGCAAAUUCACACCUAAUAAAUUUGCAAUUAAGGAGCAUUGAACUGCAAAUUCACACCUAAUAAAUUUGCAAUUUCCAAGCGUUAUUAUCAUCUUUGUUGAUAAAUUUUGAUCAUUUAACUUGCAUUACCAAACCUUGCCACCAAUACACAAAAAGUUUGGUGUUCCGUGAAUUAGUUUCGGAUAGAUUUUGGUUGAGUUCCUCGUAAAGGAAAACUAUCCAAUAGUUUAAAGUUUUAAGGAGACGUCAUCGGUUCAGUUGCCCUUUUUCUUGUUUAAAGGAUGUACUUUUAUAUGUAGUGGUAUAGUACUGUAAAAUGGGAAUUUCACUGGGGGUUGGGCUCAGGGGGCGUUAGGAUCCUCAGUAUGAUCUGCAUGUUAAAACACAGCCAAGAUGGGCCUUGGUUGAAUAGGCCUAUGCCUCCUUAAGCCUUGGCCUGGCCCAACUUGGCUAUUUUAGUAUAAAAAAGGUAAUGGAUGCUCAUUUGACCUGCGUAGACAGAAGAGAAUGGAGGGAUGUGGUGGAGUGGCUGAUGAGGAGAUGGAGGGUGAGGGAGCAGAAGAUAGGAUGGUAGGAAACUGACAGAUGAGGGAAAAGGGGCAGUCAGAGAAAAGAGGGAGGAAGGUGCGAGUUUUUUUUGCCAGAGCAGAGACGCAUGGAGGCUAUGUUGGAGGUAGGAGGUAUAGGGAGUGGAAGAAGGGUUGGGAAGGGUGGGAUUGAUGAGGACGGGGUGGAGUUGGUGAUGAAGAAUGCUCUGCAAGCCAUUGUUCAGUGAAAAUGAAAAUUGGCUUGCUUUAGUGUCCAAACUGGUCAAAAUUUGGUCAGGGCUUCCGAAUGGCUCUACCCAUUGUUCUUGAUGUGAUAUUUUUGCUUUCAUUGGCUUCUUUAAAAAAAGGUUUCUUCAAUUAUUUUCAUGUCGAGUUGAUUUGCCUUGUCCAUUUGUAUGGUUCUGAAUUCCUAUAAUAUGCGUAAUUUUUGUUCAGGUUGCAGUGUUUUACUUCCACGAUAAGUUUACAUGGUUAAAAGGAAUUGGGCUACUGACAAUCAUGAUUGGAGUUAGUUUAUUCAACUGGUACAAGUAAGUAAACGGAUCUUCUGUACCUCUCCUGAUGAUAUGUUGUUAUUGAUCCCUUUCUUCUGGUGAUUGUUCUUUAACAUUCUAUAUUUGAAGAAGGAAUUGGGCCAUAGGUAUCUCCUGUGAUACCGACCCUCCAGUUCCUCUUUGGUCUGGGUUCAUUCUUCCCUCCAGUAAGGGGGUCCUUUCCGGCUCUAGGGCAGUAGCUUCCCUCUAGAGUCCUAAAUCGAUACCUAUCCUAUCAUAGGAUAUUUGUCUUUCUUUCGUUCUUGAGGUUUCGAACCCGGAAGUUGAGACGCAAGGAAUAAAGAUCAGCUGUGGCUUCUAGGUAAAGUUAUAGUAGUGGAAAUUUUCUCUUGACAACGGCAUGAACAAAAUUAAAUAUGAUGCCUUUUAAACCACAAUUAUUUUGAACGGUUGACUAUCGGAUUGAGAUGUAAACGAAGGAACUAUCUAUUAAGAUAGGCGAAUAAGUUUUACAGAGUGAUACAAUUGACAUUGGAUAAAAGUGCUGUACGAACACCAAAACUUUCACUGCCCUUUAUAGGACAUGAUGAUGCUUGAAUCGGAGCCCUAUUUUUAGGGGUGGGGGGUUCACGUCUUAUUGCGAGAAUUUUUUAAGAUCUAUGGCAUCCAACACUGAUACUUCAAUCGGAAUCCAAGAGUGAUUUAAAAUCUGCUACAGUGCAUAAAAUAUAUGGCAUUCUGAUUGCGAAAUGCAUUGGAGUUUUCAAGGUUUUUUCUAAGGUUUUUUUUGUUGAAUGAAAAUUAUGGGCAGCCAAUUUCUUCUCACCUUUUUUUGGAAUCAAAUGUAUUUUCUGCUGAAUUUCGACAAAUAAAAUAGGUUUUUCCUCUUUUUACCCUGCAGCUCGGAUGAAGUUACCAUAAAUAGGGAAAGGGGAACCUCACUUCAUGGGAAAAUGAGUGGAUAACCAUAAAUAUGUAGUCUGGGAGUUCUCAUACUUCACUCAGAUCCAAGUGUCAGUAUUUCCGUGGUCUUUUAAAAAUAACAAAGACUCAGCAUUGGUAUUGAAAUAUUCUGCUGAAGAAAAUGUUUCUGCAUUAUUCUCUUUUAAUUUGCUUUUAAGACCAUCGUGUUUUUCUUUUAAUCCUUCGAGUUGGAAACUGGGACUUUUUUUUCUGGAUUUAAAUGCUUACGUUUCUUUAUUUCCAGGUACCAAAAGUUAAAGAACGAAUCAUUUUCAACGAUUACCAAUGGAGCACCGAAAUAUGUUAUUCUUGAUGAGAUGGACUCCCACAAUGACUCUUCACGCACGCAAUAA